GGGGGUGCCUACUCGCCGACCAUCGUGGUCAAGAACGGAUUCCUGGAUGAGGUGAUGACGGAGCUCCCGCCGGGCGAGGAGGCCGAGAGAGGCCUGAAGCGCAAUAAGUCGGCUCCGUCCAUCAUCCACAGUCCGGUGGUCAGCCCGAAGCUGGAUCCGGCUAUGGACCCGACCGUGGAGGACAUCAAGUGCCUCGACGAGUCUGCGGCCGGGCCCGUCAGCGAGGCGGAGUCCACCGUCGAAGGUACCUCCUUCGGCAGGAGGGCUUCAGGCUCGACGGGCGCGCCCGCGAUGCAGGAGGGGCCCUCCGCGGGGCUGCUUUCGGCGCUGGCACCCCUGCAGCAGCCCGCGGCCGUGCCGUCGGGAGGCUACUACGUCGGGGUGGAGGGUCCGCCUGGGCCGAUGGGCGUUUUCGAGCUGUGCCUCAGCGGCUUUGAAGACGAUGGGCCGGAGGAUAAGUCGAGAGCAGAUUCUGGCUUGCUGCCGCCUUCCCAGCCUCAGGACCCUGGGGCCGCCCGGGCAGCCUCGCCGCACCAGUUUAUGCAGCCGGCCGUGCCGCAGGAGGGUCAGCCAUGGGGCGCCCUCCCGCCAGCCGGCGUGAGAGCGGCCUCGCCGCACCAGCUCGGCCAGCCGAUGGUGGCGCUCCAGGCGGUGGCCAUUGCCUCGCCGCUGCGCCCGACAUCGCCUGCCGAGUACACCUGGCAGAUGUCGCCCAGCAGGGCGCGGCACGGUCCUUUGUCGCCACCGCAGCAGAUGUCGCGGACGUCUUCGCCAGGGUCCCACCAGCUCGGCUGGCAGGCGACCAGGAGGGGAUCUACCGGGAGCUGCCAGGCGAGCGCCUCGCGCGACCCCAGCCCGCAGCACCCAGCGGGCACGGUCUCGCCCCCCGGGUCGCAGCAGGCCUCGCCGCGGCAGCGCCUGUCGCUGCAGGAGCUGCUGCAGCCCCCGCUGGGGCCACAGCCGACGCCCGCAGCGAGGACCUCGGCGAUGUCCUCGCCGCAGGGGUCGCGGCUGCAGUCUCCGCAGGAGUCGCCGCGGCUCACGCCGCUGCAGUCGCCCUCGCUGAUGCCUUCGCAGUCGCCGACGCUCGGCCCGCACUGCGUCGAGCAGGUCACGGAUGCCAGCGGUCUCCACCAGGCGCAGCAGGCUCUCGAGCAGGCCCGCGAGGACGAGACGGAGUCCGCAAUUGCCAUCCCGGAGCUGGAGACCAGGCUGCGAGGUCUCGUGGCCCAGGGCACGCCCAGCUCCAACGGCUCGCCCAAUCUCACCGACGUCAUCCCAGGGCUGGGCACAACAGUGGACCAGCUGGGGGCAAUCGUCCAGGCUCUCGGCGGCGGCGAGAAGUUUGCUGCUGACCUGGCUACUAUGGCAGCUUGCGUUGGCAGGUUCAAGGAUGAAGCGGCCGCGGCGCAGGCCCAGGCGGCGCCUGAGGAGCAAGGCCCCGAGGCGGCGCUUGGCGGUAUGCCUGGCACGCCUGAGCCAGACAUGGAGGUGGACGAAUCGGCAGCGGACGACGUGGACGACCUCGACGCUGCCGGCGAGCCUACCUCAGCGGCUGCGCGUGCGGCACGCGCCCUGGGCCUGGACGAUCCCGACCUGGGCCCGUUCGCCCAGCUCGACGACAGCCAGGUUGAGGACAGCUCCGUCGUUGGAGAGGACGGUGAGGUUCUGGGGCCGCGCAACACUGAUCUGCUGUGGACCAUCAUACAAUACUUGUGCCUUUUGAAUUCCAAGCAGAUACCAUGGGUGGUGGGUGGGGACUGGAACAUGGACAGAGCUGUGCUAUGCCAAUCCAACUGGGCCAACGCCGUCAAUGCAGUGACCUACGUGCCCACCGCCGCAACUUGCAGGCAAACGCGACCAGGCACGUGCAUCGACUACUUCGUCUCCAGCGCAUCGCUCUCCCAGUUCCUGGGCAGGGAGGUCAGCGUGGACGAGGAGGCGGCCACGUUUCCCCAUCUUCCAGUGCGCCUGCCUUCCCUCGCUGCCCCAGUCACAAUGUGGGCAAAGGUGCCGUGUGAAAAAAGGGCAGCCCCAGCGACGCCUCCCAUCGGGUGUGCGAGGCCACCAGUGUUCCCGUGGCAAGCUGUCAUGGAGGUUGCUGGCCCGCAGGUGAAUGACAGGCAGAGCUUAGUAGGACUUUGGGACCUCGUCUCUGAGGGCAUCUAUUUCGAGUCUCAGUUUCUCUGGGACCGCGCGGGGCCCAAGGCGGAGGCUCACUUUGGCAACUCCGAGGCCCCCUCCAUCAAGUGGAAGAAGCUGGCCUGGGCUCCCCCAAGACGGCGCUCCCACCGCGACGGCGGCGCGAACGCGUGGGCCACGGCCCUCAUAUGGGCCAUGCAUCUCGGGAAGCUUCGCCCUUGGAUGAGGAAACUCGGGCAUGACCUUGCGGCGAGCCGAGUGAUGAGGUCGCAGGAGAAGGGUCGUCUCCGUGCGCUGAAGACCAGGAGGAGAAAGUUCCUUGCGCUCAAGGGAGCAGCCGGCCGCACGGUUUCAAGGCUAGUCAGGACAGGCGCCAUGCCAGCCGCUGCGCAUGGCGCAGGCGUCGCAGGCGUCUCAGACACGACACUCCCACAUAUCAGGCAGUUCACAGCCACGCUAGCUGAUGGCAAGCCGCAUGGCGGCGUUACGGCAUACAUGAUCAUGCACCCCGACCCGCUGUAUGACCAUGUGUACGAUUGCACGCUCCACACCGCUGUGAGAUAUGCGGCUUGGAUAUGGGACGCGCGUUUUUCCCUUGACAGGCUGCAGAGGGCUUGGACCUUCCUUCGGUCCAAGAUGCGCAUCAACCCGACGUGGCAGAGUGCUAAGGGACCGCUCUCUUGUACGUGGCUCGCUCUCCUGCGGGUCAACUGGGGCAUGUGCAGCGCCCGCGCAUUCGUCGCAGACCUCGGCGACGCCAUUAGCCUGCUGCACACACCGCCUUACGACGUGAAGCUCUCGAUCAUCGAGGGCAUCCCGCGGCGCACCCGCGAGUGUGACCCCGCUGCUUUCCAGAGGGCGGCCGCUGCGGAGUGGUUCCUAGUUCACGGAGCCUCGUUUGCCGUGGUGCGCAGUGAGGCUGUGGGUGUGGCUUGUGAGACCGCAGCGAAGCUGGCACCCGAGUCCGAGGCUCUGGGGUCUUUGGAGGCUGGCCCCUCCCAGCCCAUAGGAGACGCGCUGGGGCCCAGGAAGGAUCUCGGCCACGGCCCUUUUCAGGUGCCAGGCUGGGAUGGAGAUCCAAAGACCUGGCGGACGUAUCGACGGAAGGCCCUCCAGUACCAGGAGGGCACGAAGAGGCAAGACAGGUACCUGUGUGGCCCAAGGCUCGAGGCGAAGCUCACGGGCAGAGCUGAGGUUGCUGGCGCGCGCACUCGGCCACCCGACUCCGAGCCCCCCCUCGACGUCGAGCUGGACCCCCGGACAAUGGAGAUGGGCUCGCGCAUCUGGAGUGCCACCAUUGACGAUGACGCCGAGGAGGAGCUGGACGAUAUGCCAGAGGUCUUCCCGAGCAUCGUGCGCGGCUGGCUGAUGCUCGCGCGUGCGGGCUUGGAUUCCACGGGGAGGUCGGCCAUUGUGACCGCCACUGGUGGCCCAUUGGAGGCCAUCGCGAUCUGCGACAAGCUGAUCUCGACCUGGGAGGAUGACGAUUUGGCCGAGCGAGACGGACACGCCAGAUACACGAAGGCCUACACGGCGCAGAUGGGAGAUGACGACCGCACCUGGCUCGACGAGGCGGACGGGGAGCAGGGUGCGGGCAGCUUCGCAGCCGAACAGGAGCACGAGGAGUUCGAAGAGGAACCCGACAUGGCCGAAGCCAAUGAUGUGGAUAUCGAGUCGUACAUGGCCGCCCAGCAGGAGGAGGCCGAGGCAUUGGCUGCCAUCCACGCGGCCCAGCGUGCCCUUCGCCAGGCGCGCGAAGCGCAGGCUGACAGCAGGCUGAGCCGCGGCUUCUACCGCGGGGGCCGGCCAGGGAGUCAAGCGAAAGGUGGUCAUUGGCUCCAGGAUUGCCUGGACCGCCACGAUCCUCGCCUCGGCGCCAAGAUGAACAACACGCCCGAGGCGAGCGCAAAGAUGGCCACCUGCCCGAAUGAGCUGAAGUUCAACCUAGUGGCCGCCAUGGUCGCCGGGCAGAAGUCUGGGGACUCACCGAGCGAGGCGAUGUUCGCCGAGCAGGCCAUCUUGGAGGGCAAGGGAAUCUUCGAUUUAGGCUGCGCGGAAACCAUGGGUGGUGAGCGUGCGCUCGACAUCGUGGCCCGCAAGAACCUGGGGAAGUAUGGCGACGCGAGGCUCCGUGACGUGAACCUCAGCUACCAGCCAGUGUACAGCUUCGGGAACGGGGAGAAUGAGCGCGCCUACGGACCGGUGAAGUUCGGGAUCACGGGCGCGGGCAACGAGGGGGACAUCGCGAUCAACGGGUUCGCGAAGGAUGUCCCGAUCCUCGUGUCGAAGAAGGUGGUCAAGAAGCUAGGGGCGGUCAUUGACUCUGACACGGGCGUCGCGGUGUUCGUGGAGCUAGCCCCGAAUGCCCCCGUGCAGCUGGAGGAGUCGCCCGAUGGCGGACACUGCUACAUGAGCCUGGUCGACGACAUCUUAGAGCACCGAGUGCAGGACCCCGUCAAGCUGCAGAACUUCAGGAAGAUCAGCCAGCACGUCUCUGAGUGGGGCAGGCCGGAUCCGGCCGCCUUCAUGGGGCAGGUGCCGUUCGGAGCCGACCCGUCCGAGGAAGAUGGAUAA